AUGAGGACCACGAGGAAGGACGCUCCGCUGCUCACUCACGAAGAGACGGCUCUCGUCGACAAGCUACGGAGAAUCUCUCGCAAGCGCAGUCCACCCAACACGCCGCCUAGCCAGCGCAGACGAGAAGGUCGACCCUUGCAGACCCAGGAGGAGGUCAGUCAACGUCGCCCGAAUCGCGAAGGUCGCCAACAUGAUCGACCAGCAAUGUGUAUGGAGGACUUUGAGAAGCUUAUGAAUGACCGACUUCGAGAUCUGAAGACUGGUGGGAACCUCGACGAUGCACUACGCAAGGAGAUCGACCAGGCAAACUCCACACCUUUCACUGCCGAAAUCGAGCAGGCUGCUCCCCGAAGCGAUUCUCCACGCCUUCGUUUACACACUUCAAAGGGGACUCCGAUCCCGAGAGCCACCUAA